AGCAAGUCUGUCUGACUCCUUCGCUUUUAUUAACAGUCUUCUGUCGGGAAGCAGCAGAAUCGGAAAUCUGCGGUAAUAUGGACCGAAUGUAAAAACACACAGAGAGCUGUCUCAAUCGUCGGUGUGUGUGUCGUGGAGUUAAAACAGCACCGUGCUUUGGAGGAUUACGACUGACAAACGCAGCUGUACACUUUUGCGCUUUAAGCUGUCAGAACUGAAACUACUGGAUGUAUGGCAGAAGUGAAUAGCUGUCGCAACACUGGGAAUAUAAUAAGGAAAAAAUAUUUAUCUGUUUGUUACCGUCCCUUUUAUCUUUUUUUUGGAUUAUUGCUGCCCAGCAACACUGCCACCUGACUAAAUUGGAUGUCGUAAUUCAGGUGUAUCAAUGAUCCAGUCAUGGAAACAAAGAGAUACCAAAGCUUCAUUGAGGGCUCAGACAUGGAGCAUAGGUGGGCACACAUGCCUAACACGGAGUUCUGCUGUUUCGUGGAGGAGCCAAAUCAGACCAACAGCAAUGUUUUAAUGGACAGUGUGAACAUCAGCUGUGGGCCCAGUGCAGCAGCCAGCUUCAAGGAGAACAACGGAGACAAGAUCAAGGAGUCCUCUCUCUGUCUGAACCACAGUCAACAGCUCGCCCUCCCGAUUUUUAACAGUCCGGGGAAGUUGGAAACAGAGCUUUCCAAAACGGUGGCCGAGUCGAUGGGCUUGUAUAUGAAUGCAGCUAGAGAGGCAGACUAUGGCUUUAGUCAGCAGGGUUCCCAUGGAGGGCACUGCAGCCCUGGGAACCUGUAUGCCAGCACUGGCCCACUCAUGGAGGGUGACCCAUCUGUGGCAGCGGGCAGUCCAAAGCUGAAAUCUCCCUCUGUGUCUUGCCCUGCGAUGUCCUGUCCGUCGAAGGCUCCAGUGAAGGGUUCCCCUGGCACACUGCAGGGAUCGGGUGCUUUGGCCACGCCGGCCUCCUGCAGUCCUCAAGACUCCAACAGCUCCCUCUCUAGCCCUACCAGCUUGGCGUCGUCCACCACCAGCCCCUCGUACUUUGGGAAAGCCUGUCCGUCUGGGAGCAGCCCGAACAAUCAAGCGCCAACGGCGUGCGCCAUCUCUCGCGUUCAGCCCAGACACCCCGCCGGCUGCAGCCCCACAAACACCAGCGCCAUGGGCUCCCCGCUGACGAGUCCUCUCAAUAUUCUGAGGUCCCCUAUCUCCAGUCCCCAGAGCAUGGGCAGCGUCAGGUCUCCGCCCUGCUGCAAUGCUAACCUGAGAUUGUCGGUGUCCAGCCCUGCUGGCAACAAUAACAGCAGCGGCAUCCAAGCGUCAAUCACCAGCCCCGCGGCUGUCAACACCGCAGCCAUGUCGAGCCCCCCAAACUCGGGGUUCCCCGUGUCUAACCCCGAUGGCGCGCAAGGCUUGGUCCAGAGCAACAGUGUCAGUCCGGGGGACAAAGGCCGAGAUUUCAAAGGCUUCAACUUCCCAAAGGUCGAGAGCGAGGACAGGGAGAUGUACAGUGUGGGCCUGGAUCCACUGGGCACAAUUAAGUACAUAAAAAGUGAGCCAGAUCCUGACAUAAGGAGCAUGUGUCUGGGCUCGGAGCACAGAAAUGCCCCUGGCGCAGUCUUUCCCGCCCAGAUAAAAACCGAAUCAAACAAAGACGCAACUUGUCUGAAUCCUCCAUACAACGGGCAGCAGCACGCUUUGAAUCUCUUUCCUGUGACAGAGACUACAUACUUGUCCCUGAGGGAUAACAUAGAUGAAUAUAGCCUUUCUGGGAUAUUAGGACCCCCUGUUUCCUCCAUGAAUGGCAACUACGAACCUGGUGUGUUUCCCAACAGUGUCCUGCCUAAGGGGAUUAAGCAGGAGUUGAACGAUGGCUGCUAUUACCAAGAGAAUAACUGCGUGCCGACGUCAGCCAUUGUUGGUGUUAAUUCAGGUGGACAUUCAUUUCAUUACCAGAUCGGAGCACAAGGAACAAUGUCUUUUUCGCGGCACGACGUGAAGGACCAGACGAACCCCUUGUUAAAUCUAAUUUCUCCUGUUACGGCGCUAAUGGAGACAUGGAAGCCUCGCCCGGGCCUGUCGCAGGGCUCUCUGUCAUCCAGGGGAGAGGGUUACGUGGGUCAGAGCUGUACUGCAGAGACCAUGUCGAGCACAUCUUUAAGGCACACAUCCAUCGGCUCCUCUUCAGCCAAAGUGUGUUUGGUGUGCGGAGACGAGGCGUCAGGGUGUCACUAUGGAGUUGUAACCUGUGGCAGCUGCAAGGUCUUCUUCAAAAGAGCCGUGGAAGGUCAGCACAACUACCUUUGCGCCGGACGGAACGACUGCAUCAUUGACAAAAUUCGGAGGAAAAACUGCCCGGCUUGCCGAGUCCGCAAGUGUCUUCAGGCAGGAAUGAAUCUCGGAGCUCGAAAGUCCAAAAAGCUGGGGAAGUUGAAAGGAGUGAACGAGGAGACGUCUCUGCAGGGCUCCAAGGAAGGCCAGGUGUACCUGGCUUCCGAGAAGGAGCUGAGCGCCGCCGCCGCCCUGGUCCCCCACAUACCCAGCGUCACGCCAUUCCUGUCCCCGUCCAUCUGCAGUGUCCUGGAGCUCAUCGAGCCGGAGGUGGUGUACGCCGGCUACGACAACACGCAGCCCGACACCACCGACCACCUCCUGUCCAGCCUCAACCAGCUCGCCGGCAAGCAGAUGAUCCGAGUCGUCAAGUGGGCCAAAGUACUUCCAGGGUUCAGAAGCCUGCCCAUCGAGGAUCAGAUCACCCUGAUACAGUACUCCUGGAUGUGCCUGUCAUCUUUUGCCCUCAGCUGGAGGUCCUACAAACACACCAACGGACAGAUGCUCUACUUCGCUCCCGAUCUCGUCUUCAACGAACAGCGCAUGCAGCAGUCGGCCAUGUACGAGCUGUGCGUGGGCAUGCGGCAGGUGAGCCAGGAGUUUGUCCGCCUGCAGCUGACGUACGAGGAGUUCCUCUCCAUGAAGGUCCUGCUGCUGCUGAGCACAGUUCCCAAGGAGGGUCUGAGGAACCAGCCGGCGUUCGAGGAGAUGAGGAUGAACUACAUCAAGGAGCUGCGCCGGUCCGUGGCAAAGGCCACCAGCAGCUCUGGCCAGACCUGGCACAGGUUCUUCCAGCUGACCAAACUACUGGACGCCAUGCACGAUCUGGUGGGGAAUCUCCUGGACUUCUGUUUCUACACCUUCCGCGAAUCCCAGGCCCUGAAGGUGGAGUUCCCGGAGAUGCUGGUGGAGAUCAUCAGCGACCAGAUCCCAAAGGUGGAGUCGGGUUUGACCCACACGCUCUACUUUCACAAGCAGUGAUGGAGAGGAGCUGCUUGCAGGAGGACUCUUAGCGUGACCUGGGUCCCUGCCGCACACUUGCCCGCGCCCUGUUGCCCGGUCAGAUUCGGGAAGAACACUUGGAAGCAUAGCGCCCUGACCCCAAAGAUGGCAAUGUUUUAAAUGGAUGGAAAGCCAUACGUUUGCUUGAUAUGUCAACCACAGACUGUCACGCAUGUACACACACACACACACACACACACACACACACACACAGACAUAUCCCUUAAUUACCCAUGGAAACUGACACUGGUCACUGUGGCUUAUUGCUGUUAUACAUGGCCUUCAAAUGUCUAUGCCACAGAAACUCUUCAGUAAGAAGCAUUCAGUAGCACUUUAAUGUGUGAGACCGAAUACAGGACAUUUGUACAUCUGACAAGAACAUCUGAGUAAGGGCUACAGGAGUAUUAUUGGAACAUACAUGCCUACAAACAAACACACACACACACACACACACACACACUUCAUUUAUGAGGAAAAUACAACAUGCAAGCUUUUAGUGAUAUGCAAACAGAGCAUAUACAUACCAGAGGAAGGGGAAAGUGGUACUAACGCUGUGUGUUCUAAUUGAGACAGUCACAGAAAGAGGCUGGAGAUGCACAAAUAUGCAUACUGCACCAUAUAUAAUUGUAAAGUAGGACAAAAGAAGUUGCAAAACUCAGCUGGUUUCAGUGAGAUAUUCAACUGGGCUUUUUCUUUUGACAUGAAAUGUGACUGUAUUAUAAUUAA